UUUUCGGCGACUGAUCCUGUUAUUUUCCCUCUGAAGUGUUCUUCUCUGUUUUCUUUUCUCCAACUGUAAUUCUUUUAUCCAUCCUGAACUUUUCUUCCUCUUAUUUCCAUAUUCCACAAGACCCGCCGCCAAUAAUGAAUAAUAUGUAUCCCAUGUCGUUUUAUAUUGAAGACGUUAAACCGUUUGAUCUACCCUAUACCCUCCAAUCUCCGAUAUGCUACCCUUCACCAGCGCAUUCACCUAUGAAUUCUCCACCCAGCUUGACAGAAAAUAAAUUCACCUUACCUCUAUCACCAUCACAAUCCUCACCAUCUUCCCACCCGCCACAACAUCAUCAUCAAUCUCCACGCCAGCAGAUACCUGCAGCUUUAUUUGAAGCUGUUUAUUCGCUGGUCGAAAACCCAUCUGCGUAUUUCUCCUCCAAACCAUCCUCUCUUACUUCCGCGCCGCAGCCAACGAUGUGGUCAUUCCAACCAAAUCAGCAUCAGCAAAUAGCCGGCAUAUUUGACUAUCACGGUAGUUCAUCGCACAUCGACCAUUCGUUGUUACUGGCCGAAUAUCCAUCUACUUCCUCUCCCACUUCCGUUCAAGAGAUAUCACUUCCCACUCCCAAAGAUACCGAAAUCUCGUAUCCAGACCCCAGCAUGGAAAAAAUGAACCAACCGUAUAAAGGCAACAAAAAGAGAAGAAAGCAAAAGAAAGUGCUUCCAUACGCUCAUAAUUUGGUAAAUCUCAGUCUAUCUAACAAUACCGGAUGCAGCAGCAGCAGCAGCAGCAGCGGCCAAAGUGUACGCGACACCAGCAGUACUUCACCCAACGCAACGGUUCCGCCAGUUCGGCCUGCGGCUUCCACCCAACGUCGACGAGCCGGCAACAGUAUGUAUCAGUGCGAUUUCCCAGGAUGUCAAAAAACAUUUACGCGAACGUACAACUUAAAGUCGCAUCGACGAACGCAUACGGCCGAGCGACCGUUUGAGUGUGGGCAAUGUCCCAAGCGAUUCGCACGGCAGCAUGAUCGAAAUAGACACUGCAAACUUCACCUUGGCAUCAAACCCUAUGCGUGUCGUUAUUGUCCCAAGCGGUUCGCGAGGCAAGAUGCUCUAAACCGACAUUUACAAGUGAAGGAAGAUGUCAAAGGGGAUAUGGAAAGACUGCUUCCUCCAUGUGCCAUGCGUCAAAAACAUCAAUUUGUGCAGUAGGCUAUAAUGAGUCAAUCAGCGUAUUCUUCCUGGGCCAUUUUUGUGUUUUCAUCUACCGUAUUACUUUUUUAUUUCGGCUUAUUGGUUUUCUUUUUUUUGUAUUGAUCUGUAUCUAUAUUCUUUCGUUAGUCCUACCAUAUAUUAUAUGCUUCUAGGACUAAAGAUUCCUGCAAUAAAGAGACGGUCGACAGCUGUGUUCUUUUUCAGGAACAAAAGGCAAAU